GCCCAGCCCCGGCGGGAGGUCGAGGCCCCGAGGGGAGGGCUAGGCCCCCAGACCCCGGCCUGGGCGGGAGGCGGCGAGGGAGCGGUUACCAUGAAUGCAAGUGGCCUGAAUGUUUUGGUGCGGAGCCUGUACGCCCUGCAAGAGGAGCGCGUUGAAGCUUAUAGACUGUUUGAUCUAGGACACCAGGCGUACCUGCGCUCAGCUCCUAAUUACGACUUCAUCAGGUACCGGCAGCUCGUGCACGAAAUCACACAGGCAUUUAACCGCAUCUCAAAGGAAGUGAUUCAACUCGGGGAUCGCUUCCACGAGGAGUUGGACCGGCCAGAUCUCUCAAAGCACAUAGAGAAAAUGCAGGAACGGGAGCAGGAGAAACUGGUGCUGACGGCUCAACUGCAACUUGCCAAGCAGAAUGCACUGGACUAUCCGGGGAACGAAACUCACCAGGAUGAGGCUCGGGAACUGAAGCACAGGAUCAAUGAAACCAUUGAGGCAAUCAACGAGGUUCUUCAGGACUUCAAAUACGAUUCUGAGGAGAUUGAAUCCUGCGGAUUGACCAAUGGUGGAGAGCAAUGAAGAUGGGUCCGAGCCACUGGGCAGUGCAUGACGUCGCACCUUCAGAGUCACCUCUUCCUGCCUGCAAUGUCCAGGGUGGCUUCCUACCCCACCUGAGGCUGGAGUUUCUGCCAUAUUGUAUUCACUACUUGGCAACAGGUUUGUGCUGUCACGUAUUGGGCUAGACAAGCUCAUUUUCGGAGACUGACACGGAAUAUGCGGGAGACUUAUUUUCAGAAAGAAAGGUGCCUGGAAUCAUGACCUUUUUCUGUUGCGAACUCAUUGCCACAGUUAGAUGGGACCUUGUCCUUCAUUGUAUUCACUGAGCUUGUGGUGUCUGAUAAUCUGCGUGUAACUUUCGCCCCAACAUUAACAUCUUUCUGUGGAUUAAACGCUCCUCCCAUAUCACA